AUGGCAACAAAAAGCGCAAAAGCUGGCGACAAACGCAAGGCGGCCGAGGCCCCGGAGAAGAAAGUUAAGAAGUUCGAAGUGAAGAAAGAAGGACCUAACUCGACAAGGAAGCUUUUCAAAAACGAGGAUGCCUCGGACGACAGCAGCGACGACGACUUGUCCGAUGGAGAUGAUGGUGGUGCCGAGCUUCCUGCAAAGAAGAAGGCGAAGCAGGCCAAAGGAUCAGAGAAACCUGGAAGCAACGACGUGACAGACAAGAAGCACGAGCGAAGUAGGCCCUAUCUUGACGCUUUGGCUUGCACCUUUGCGCUGGCCAAGGAGCGGAAGGCUGCACGCCCUCUCGCCGACGAGCUGCAGAGGGCCAAGAAGAUCUGGGAGCGCCUGCGACGAAAGUCCCAUGUGCCAAAGGAAGAGAGGCAGCAAUUGGUUGACGAAUUAUUCGAAAUCAUAACUGGCCGUGUCAAGGACUUCGUUCUCAAGCAUGACGCCGUGCGUGCUGUCCAGACUGCCCUCAAAUACGCGAAGACGGAACAGCGCAAAACGAUUACGCAAGAGCUUCAGGGAACCUAUGCCCAGCUGGCCGAGAGCAGAUAUGCCAAGUUCCUCAUUGGCAAGAUGCUGGUCCAGAACGAUCCAGAAAUCCGGGACAUGAUCAUUCCUGAAUUCUACGGCAAGGUCAGGAAGCUCAUCAACCACCCUGAGGCUGGCUGGAUCCUCGACGACAUCUACCGUGGUGUUGCGACCAAGGAGCAGAAAGCAACCAUACUGCGUGAGUGGUAUGGUCCUGAAUUCUCGCUUUUCAGGAAGGACGGCGACAAGACCGAAACCGCCGAAUUGACCCAGAUCCUGGAGGAGAAUCCUGAAAAACGCGGACCUAUCAUCAAGCAUCUCUUGGGUAUGAUCGACCAGCUGGUCCAGAAAAAGAUGAACGGCUUCACCAUGCUUCACGACGCUAUGUUGCAGUGCUUCUUGAACCUGAAGGCCGGCAGUGAGGAACAGACAGAAUUUGUGCAGAAGAUCAAGGACGACGAAUCAGGAGACCUCCUGAAGAAUAUGGCUUUCACAAAAUCCGGUUCAAGACUCGCCUGUCUUCUCCUCGCUCACGGAAACGCCAAGGACAGGAAGCAGUAUCUUAGGCUCUACAAGGACACCUACGAAGCCAUGGCUGGCGAUCAGUUCGGGCACCGGAUUAUACUCACAGCCUACGAUGUGGUAGACGACACUGUGCUCACGUCCAAGACGAUAUUUCCCGAGGUUCUGGGCAAGAAUGAGGAGAAACAUAACGUCAUCUUUGGCGCCAACGAUCUCAAUGCGAGGAUCACCCUUCUCUACCCGUUCGAGGGCACCUCCAAGGCAUUGUUUCCUUUGAGUCAUCAGGGAGACCUGGACAUCCUGAAUGAGAUCCACGAGAUCCGGCAGUCCACCAGCAAAAAGGAUGCCGAGGUACGGCGCAAGGAGUUGGUCACUGCAAUGUCCCCAGCUUUGUUAGAAGCUGUCGCGACGUCCGCCAAAGACCUUGUGUCGACCUCAUUCGGCAGCCAGUUUGUGGCAGAUGUGCUACUAGGCGCAGUUGGAAACAAGACCUCGGCCUUGCAGGCAGUCGCUGAGGCAGCAGCAGGAGAUCCGUCAGCGUCAGAAGACACCGAAGAGAUCUAUUCUUCAGCAUACCCUCAUCCAGCGCAGACGGCUUGGGCGGAAAGGAUGUACAAGACGCUAAUCCAGGGUGGGCGUUUUGACAAAGCAACCAAGAGCAUCAAGCUGGUAGAGCCACCUCUGGACUUCGCAAACAUCCUCUACCCCGUCAUCAAGGAUCACAUGGUGGCCUGGUCCACCGGGCGAAGCUCCUUCGUUAUCGUGGCCCUGCUGGAAUCAGAGAGCUUCUCCCAGAAGGAGAAGAUCAGAAAGGUACUCAAGAAGAACAGGGCGGAGCUCGAAAAAGCAGCAACCACUCCUGUAAUCAAACCUGAUGCGGGGAAUGAUGCCGAGAAACAAGGAGCAGGCAAGCAAAAGAAGGGUCGACAAGGGAAGAAGCCGCCAGCAGCUGGAAACUCGGGGUCAAGGAUACUGCUCGAGAAGCUGUGA